UGUGGCAUUACCCUGUAUCUUUUUCUGCUACCUUCACCUUCACACAUCGUUGAAUUAGGCAUUCUAUAGAAACAUUCAACUUAUUAUUGGCGCCAUACUCGAGGAUACGCACAGUCCCUCUUAGAGAUCAAUUAAAUUAUUUUGUUUCAGAAAAUAUAAUAACUAUCAAUUUACAAAAGUUUAUCAUGGGAGAUGAAAUCUGGAAAUACUCUUGGUUACCACUUGUGGUAUUUUUGGCAGUCUGUGUAGUUGUUCUGAUCAGCAGUUUGGUUCAGUCAAACAAAAAGAGCUGGCAGCAGCAGCUACCACCAGGUCCAAAAGGAUGGCCUCUACUUGGAAGCAUCGGUCACCUCUGUGGAAAAGAUAGAAAUUCGUUUCUGUCUCGUAUGGUAGAGAAAUAUGGAGCGAUAUUUACUUUGAGUCUUGGAUCCAGAAAAGUAGUAGUUGUUAACUCACAUGAUAUCAUGAGGAAAAUAUUGCUGGAUGGGCACGUGCUGAGCGAACGGGCACCGAUUGAAUCCCUCGAUAGUUACUUCCAAGGAAGAGGAAUAGCAGGCGCGAAGUACAGCAAAGACUGGCAGGAAAUCAGACGCUUCACACAUGACAUCUUCCGCAAGUUGGGGGUUGGCCGACGACACUUUGAAACAUCCAUCCUUUCUGAAUUAGAUCACAUGAUGUCCGACAUUGAAAAGCGAUGCAAAAAUAAAGAAGAGUUUGAUCCAAUGACUGUAUUCAGUAAUGCCACUGCUAAUGUUAUUGGCUCAGUGGUGAUUGGGCAACGGCUCAAUAACAAUCAUGCAUUCGAGAAAAUGAAGUCUGCUCUACAUCGCUGCUUACGUCUCUUCCAAUAUGGAGGCACUUCCACAUUUCUGCCAUUCAUGCGAUAUCUACCAACUCUGCCAGGGCUGAAAGCAUUCUACACGACUAUGGACACCCUCAUUAAUUAUCACAAGACUUUGAUCAAUAAACGUAAAAUUUAUGCCAAAGAAUGUGAUCAACCAACAAACAUAAUCGACGCGUACCUCAAACAGAUCUGUACAAAUGAACAAUCGCCCUCACCAUUCAACGAAGACUCACUGGCCUAUGUGAUCAAUGAUCUGUUCAUAGCUGGGACAGAAACUUCAGCCACUGUCUUGACAUGGGCAGUCCUGUAUUUAAUCAUACGCCCACAUAUUCAGGAGAAGGUUCACAAAGAAAUCGACACCCAAGUCCCGGGAGGACAACCAGUAACCAUUGCUGAUAAACCCAAGUUACCUUACACUCAGGCUGUGAUACUGGAGAGUCUUAGGUAUGGUAGCGUUGCUCCAGCUGUAAUGCGCGCAACAACUCAAGACACGACCAUUGCUGGCUAUAAUAUCCCACGUGGGACAUUUGUCAUGUUAAACUACUAUUACACCAACUUUGAUCCAGCUUUGUGGACAGACCACAAUGAGUUCAAGCCUGAACGUUUCCUUGACUCAGAGGGCCAGCUGGUUGACCGAAAGGAACUCAUCCCAUUUAGCAUUGGACGACGCAAUUGUCUCGGUGAAAGCCUUGCCAAAAUGGAGAUUUUUCUGUUCUUCACCAAUCUGGUAAAGUCAUAUCACUUUGAGCCAACAGAGGGCGCUGUACUUACAUCAGAUGAGCAACCAGGAUUGUCUCGCAUUCCCAAAUCAUUUAAAGUUCGUGUGAUAGACCGUCACAGCUUGUAAACACAGCAUGCAUCAACGAUAUCGCCAUCGCGGAAAACUCUGGUGUCUAUCUCGAGUCAUUCAAACCGGGGCCGAGUGUGCCAUUUGCCCCCUCGGUGCCAUUUGCCCCCUCGGUUGAACAAAAUGCCAUGAACCCCGUCACGUCAAUUUGUUGAUCAUUUCGUCUAGUUACCGUUAUUUUUCGUCUAUUUCUGCGUUCCAUUGCAUAGAAAUCAGCAAUUCAUAGAAUUAGGCUAAUGUAAAAAUGAAGUUUAAUUUGACGUAAACAUCAUAAAUAACGCUAAGCAUCACUUCAAAACCCACUGUAUUGCAUUUUGAAGACGUGUGUUAUUGUUUUACAAACAUUACUGAAUGUCUUCAAUGACAAAAGCUCGGUUAACUUUUAUUUAGCAACUGCGACGCAGUGGUUAUUGCUCAAAAUUACUUCACACUCAAAUCACGUGAAACAUGCUCCAUAUACGGAGCAUGUGUUUCACGUGAUUUGAGAAAUUCACAUUUUUUUUGGUCACGAUUUGAUUGAAUCUGUUUGUCGGUAUGCGCUCAGGAGUCGGGUAGGCGACGGGAUGAGUGAAUCCCGAUUAGCGAAUUCUCUGCUUAUACUUACUUUAUAUUUUUUUUUAUAUUAUUAAUUAAGCAUAUAAGCGUAUUUCACCGCUAACAAGGAAAAACGGGGGCAAUUUUACGGACAUGUGCUCCAUGCAUCACGUCAAUCGCUCCGUUUGCUUAGAGCCAUAAUCAAAGAUGUGGAAAGUUAACCUGCCUUUUCCCGUGCGCUAUGGCGGAUGUGUUAAUGAGUCCCUUCAGGCAAUUCUUUACAUCCAAUACUGACGCAGCGUUGUGUAGUGACUACCCCAAGGGAGUCUAUUGUAAAGCACUAUUACAGGAACUCAGUAUAUAACAUUUACUGCUCCGUGUGUAAGUUCACCAGAAAAUCACUACUUUCAUCGAAGGCACUCCUUUGCAAAACAUCGAGUGCAAGGCGAUUUGAAAAACAUAUUGUUUAACAGCUGUACAUAUUAAACCUUUGAGAAAAUCUAUCCCGCACAUCCUCAAAGGGCUUCAAUUUCUUAGAAGAUAUCAGCGUGAUGGUUAUUAUCCAACAGGAUAUUAUUAUUUAGACUUAUGGACAAGUCGUAAAUAGUCUUCCGCGGUGAGAUAGUCAAGUUGUGGCGGUGCUCUCACGAGAUCACUGCUCUCACGAGAUCACUGCGAAUUGCUGGUUGCCGAUUCUACUCCCUACUUAAACCCUACUGUCUACUCCCUACUUAAAUGGGAGUGUAGUCAUGGGGGCAGUAGUCUCGCACGGCCAUCAGCUCUCGCGAGAAUACCGCGGGAAUGGCGGGAGAUUUAGAAUGGAGUCGGAACGCUAUCACCGCGACAGACAUUUAACAACUAGCAAUGGACAUACAAUGCAAAAAUUAAUGCUAUCAUUUUAAUGAUAGAACUGAUAAGUAACCAGUUUCUUGAAUGAGAUGAGUUCCUUUUAUACUUUGUCAAGAUGGUCGGGGGGGGGGGGUCGUCCAUGAGUGUCAGGGUGUUUAUGUAGCCCUGAUGGUCUUAUACUAACUUUCGUAUACAGUAUCUUUGUAGAGGAAGAGUCAUAUAUAGGGCUAGGUGUUUAUGUACCUUUUACUGUAAAUUUGAUACAAAUUUGCUUCCAUUUACUUUGCAAAUCAUUAUAUCUUCUCCAUUUCUAGCGGUUUUGUGGAAAUAAAUAAAUAUUAAGUACAUGCGGCAUAUUUAGAUACAUUAUCGCACAGCACUGGUGAUAUUAUUGGAAUUGUAUUUGGUGAUAUUGAGGUUUACAUCAAGUAUGUAGUUAAGUCUCGUGAAGAAAUCAUUCCCACAGACUCUGGAAAGCAAUGAGUACACCCUUAUACGCCUCUCUUAAUAUUAUGCACGACGUCAUAAUUCUUCCCCAAAUGAGGCUAU